AUGGCACUGUUCUUGUUCAUCAUCGCCAUGGAGGAACUUCAUCUUGCUAUAGACAAUCUGAUUCGUAAAUCUCUUUUCUAUGGCGCUAAAAUUAAUAAUAUUAUUAUGCCCUACCUUUUUUAUGCGAAUGAUGUGAUGAUUGUGGGAGAUUGGUCUCAAAUUAACUUGGACAAUAUUUCUAAUGCCUUAAGGUUCCUUUAUUGUAUUUCGGGUCUUAAGAUCAAUUUUGAUAAAUCCUCAAUUAUUGGUGUCGGGGUUAAAUCAGAUGAGGCCGAGUGUUUGGCUAACAAAAUCGGUUGUAAAGUUGAAAUACUUCCAUUUAAAUACCUUGGGGUUCCAAUUGGUGCUAGGAGUGGGGGUGUCGCUAUUUGGGGUCCAAUUAUCCCAAAGUUUCAGAAUAGAUUAGCGUAG